AUGGCACCAUCAAAUCUCCCAGACAGCAACACCUCACUAACCUACACACAACCAUCGACACCACCACACCUCACGCAUACUCCAUUACCAGAAUGCGGACCCAAUAAUCUCCUCGUCAAAAUCCAUGCCGCUGCCAUCAACCCCGUCGACAUCCAACUCUGGGGCAACCCAGUAAUCGGCUGGCUUGCAGGCAAGAAAGAGAAAGGAAUUGGGCGCGACUACUCGGGCGAGGUCGUCGCCAUUGGCGAAGAGCUGCAAAAGAGCGGGAAAUGGAAUGUUGGUGAUGAAGUAUAUGGCCUGUGUAAUCGAGCUACAGCAGAAGGCACAUUUACGCAGUACCUGAGCAUCGGGCCUGGCGAGCCUAUCGCGAAGAAGCCAAAGUCACUAAGCCAUCAGGAAGCCGCUGCGAUUCCUCUGGUAGUUCUCACUGCGUUCGCGUGCUUGGACUGGUUGCCCACGGAGUCGCAGAGCCCGAACGAGAAGAGGCGCGUUGUCGUGUCGGGUGCUAGUGGCGGUGUGGGGAUCUGGUGCGUGCAGCUUGCGAAGAAGUUGUACGAUUGCCAUGUCAUUGGCAUCUGCUCGGGGCGCAAUGCCGAUUUUGUGAAGGAGCUGGGUGCGGAUGAAGUCAUUGAUUAUGGCAAGCAGGAUGUCGCGAAGACUUUGCUGGAUGGACGACCGGGUGGGAAGAAGUAUGAUUUGUAUAUUGAUUGUGUGGGUGGGACGGACAUGUUCAAUUAUUGGGCAAGUCAACUCGUGCUGAGCUCAUGGUACGGCGCGUACAUUACAAUCGUUGGCGACAAGACAUCUCGCAUAGCCAUGGGCGGACCUGCAACUUACUUCACUCAUCCAUCGCAAGUGCUUCGACAUAUUCGAGGUUACAUCUUUGGACCGCGAUAUGCAAAUGUCAUCUUGUACCAGAAAAGUGAGCUACUGGAGCAAGUAGCGAUAAUGACAGACGAAGACAAGUUCAAGGUCAUCGUGCAAGACGUUGUCAAGGGCAUUUUAGAUGAGCAAGAGCACAGUGCAGCAUGGGAGAAAGUCAAGGGGUACAUGGUGGAAGGACGAGUCAGGGGCAAGAUUGUAGUCGAUAUUGCAUGA